AUGAGCGAACGCGUAAGAUAUCAGUCAACAUUUGUGCGAGAUAAUUUAGUCAUGUCCCAUACAAACACCUCUGAGAUGUAUUAUGAUUGUUUGCAAUGCACCGAGCAUUGUCGGCACGCUAGUAACACAAUAACUGAUAACAUUAAUGUCAAUAUAAAUGAUAACAACAGUAAUACCCUACGCGGAAUGUCACCGGCAGAAAUAAACCCAAAUUUUGUUACGAAUUACAAAAACAAUUGUCAGUCAUACUAUUCAUCAGAUUUAUAUGACAGCGCACGUAAUAGUAAAAUGUGUAGUCAGAUACAGUGUGUGACAACACCCGCAAGGAAGCGAUCAUCACUGGCACGACCUGUACGCAUUCACGAUUCAUCAGCUCACAAAAAUGUACCAGCAGAGUUGACUGAAUUUUCAAUUGACGAGCGGUCUAAUCCCGGGGAGACGGCCUAUUACACCGGCGGGCUACCAUUCGAUGACCACUCGGGCAGCGAAGACGCCUGGCCAAUUCGUCUUCGUCUUGAAGAAAUUCUCGAGCUUACUUUGUCUAGAAGUAAAAAGUCCAAGAGGAUGAAAACACGGAAACGAAAGAAGGUUACGCUGACAAGUAAGCACACACACUUCAAAGAUACCGAGAGACUUCUCAAGGUACUUAGCAUUAAUAAUGUGGACCAAGAUUGUAGGUACAAUGUUAAACGUUGUUCUAUCAUGUAGUGUGUUAUUAUUAUUAUUAUUAUUAUUUUAACAAAGACGGCUUACCUAAAAAUACUAAAUAUUAUUAUUAAUACAAGAUAAAAUUAUAAUUUUAAAAAUAAGACGUUAAUAGAUUUGAUAGCAAAGUAAUAAUCCUGUUGGGCUUCCCGCCAACACGCUCUUCCUCAACUCUAGCUGGUGUCUCAAUUAAAUGUAAUUCGUGUAACGCAUUUCGAUCUUUUUCCUGUAAGACGUUUAGUUUUAUUUUUUAAGCCUUUUUAAAUUAAAAGUAUAUUUAAUAAUACAGUAGGACCUCGUUAUAAGACCGCGUUAUAAAACUCAUCCCCUCAAUUUUUUGAAACUCGCUCGUAACGUUUCCCCACCAACAACUCAAUAAAAGUUUUGCGCCGAAACCUCGCUAUAAGACUAACGACAAUCACGACUAAAAUCGAGAUAAAAUAUACAUACAUAUAAAUUGAAGAUUAAGUAAUUUAUUUUCAUAAAAAAUACUUAAAGUUUCGUGGUAUCACAUAAUUAAUUAACAGAAAAAAAUGACAAAGUUCUGUUUGUUUAUGAUUAUAUACAUAUAAAAUAGAUACACUGUAUAAGAGAGUAGAGUUGAACCGAAUACAGAAAUAAAACGGAAAACGGCGACAGUCUUAUAGCGAGGUUUCGGCGCAAACGCUGGUAAGCACAAUAGUGGAGGUAUGUCUAUUCUACUAAUUUUUUCCCCUACAGCCCCGAGCUAGUCUUAUAACGAGGUCCUACUGUAAGGACUUUUUAUUUAUUUUUAAACCUCUUACACCAUAAGAAUUUCAGACGAAUUUAAGAAAACUAAAAAAAUAAUUAUAGAGAUUUUUGUGGUACUUGAAGAUGUUUAUUGUGUAUUUUACAACAUACCUAUUAUAUAAAACCAGCCUAAAAUAAAAGCCGUCCUUUCAUAUACUUGCCUGAAAGUCAUGAAAACAUAAUUAUUUAUUUAAAUAUUUAAAAAAGUAAAUUUUUAUCGAGCAUUUCUUUAAUCGUAAAUUUUCAUCAUUAAAAUUACAAUAUUUAUAUUAUAUAUUAAUAAUAUAUAUUAAUGAGUAUACAUAAAAUAAGAUUACCUGGAAACUAGAUUUGUCAUUUAAAACUAAUUAUCUAUAACUUAUUAAUUAUUACUCUCCGUUGCGAGUAGUAAUUAUCGAUUGCCCGUAACAAAUUAUUUAUAAUGCAUUUAAAAUUAUACAGACCCAUUGUCCUGUCGUUCUAUUUUAUUUUUAUAAUUUUUUCACUCCGAGUAACCCAUUGUGGCCAUGAGAGAAAGAUCGUAAUUGCGAGUUAUUUAUUAAUAAAUUAUUACAAAGUUAUAUUAAACUAGUUUCGUUUUUAUGCAUCGGUUUUGGUGACAUGUAUGUUGUACAUGUUGGACUUUUAUGGACAGUGUAGCGCAUGGUACAUGAUUACGUUAUUAAUACCAACGAGAAACAAACCAUAGGGUGUAAAUCCGUCAUAACGCAGUACUCUAAAUGUAUGCACAUCAGAUUAUGUAUUGAAAUAAAUUUUUUAGUGAAAGAUAUUACACUGAGUAUUAAUUACUUUCAGAAUAUCACACGGAAAUUUUAUUUUUUUUAUGUUACUAGGAUUUUUACCCAUCAUACGGUAGCUCUAAUUUUUUUUUUACAAUUUUUACACAGAAAAAAAGAAUUUUUUGGCGCGAAAAAUUUUUUUAGGGCGAGAAAAAAAUUUCUUGUGUCAAGAAAUUUAUUUCAACCCUAAGAAAAUUUUUGUUUCCAUUUCGUAAUGAAAAAUUUUUCUUGCGCCAAGAAAUUCAUUUUUUCUGUGUAGAAACAUUUGAAAAAAUAUCGAAAUUUUCUUAAACGUUUUUUGAAAUUCUAAAGUGUUUUAGUUGAUUUUGUAAUUAUCUAAAGUAUUUACGAAAAAUUUGGAAUUUUUUAAAACGUCCCAAUAAAUUUUGAAAUUUUAAAGAUUCUGGAAUUUUUUAGAGUUUUAAAGUUUUCCGGAAUCUUUCAAUUUUUUUAAUUUCCUAAAAUUUUCUAUGAAUAGUUUUGAAAGUUCAAAAACAUUCGGGGACAUUACAUUGAAAAUAAAUAGCGAACACUAAAAUUAUGUAGCGGAAAUAAAAAAUUUGUUUCAUAGUGACAAGAUUUUAUCCGCGUCCAUCUAAAGUACUGUCAUACAACAGAGUUACGGCUUAUGAUUAAACCUCCGUUCGUACUAACAGGUACGAAGUAUCCAACGGCAGAUGCUCCAAGUCCAGCAUGUACAAGACAAAUGAUGCGUCUAAAAUAAAAUAGUUAAGUAUCUUUAUUUAUAUAUAUGUAUUAUAUAUAUUAACAAAACAAAGCAUACUAAAUUCUGUUAGAAGUAUAGGUAUAAAUGUGCGAUAUUUUAUCUCGUUGACCAGAUAAUUAAGAUACUUAUAUGUAAAUGUUAUAUAUAUUAUUAAUAAAUAUAUACAUAUGUUUACGAGUGCCCUUCCUUGAAAGUGUAUCAAUUAUUACAUAAAUUAAAAUAUCUGAACUGUAAGCUAUUCCAAAUACCACGCCCAGUAUUUUCUAAGUAUUAAUAAAGUGUAUCCUCUAAUUAAAAACUCUAAUUAAAUCCAAUUGAAUCUGAUUUAAACUCAAUCGGAUUUCUAUCCGAUUCAAUCAGAAAAAAACAUUCAAUGAGAAUUACUCGGGAGUGUUCCAAGUAUUCGAUUUAAUUUCAUUCGGAUUUGAAAUUUUUUAAUCAGAUCCUAUCGGGAAAUAAUUUUUUUUUCCGAUUUCUGAUUAACUUUCAAUCGGAUUAAUUCAGAACUUUCCGGUUAAAAGUAAAUCGGAAAUUUCCCAAUAGAAAUUUUCCAAUUGGAUUAAAUCGGAGUUUUUAAUCAGGGUGAUUAAUACCAUAAAAAAUAAUUAUAAUAAUUACUAAUAACUUAUUUUUAACAAAAUAAUAUUUGAAUGCAAAAUGUAUACAAGCGUGCACACGCACUUGUUCUAAAUGUGUAACAAAUUUUAAAAAAGUAUUUAAAGUAUCACCAUAUGAGACGACAAUUUGUUGAGUGUUGUUAUAAUUUUGAUUAAUUAUAUAUAAUAUAUAUAUAUAUAUAUAUAUAUAUAUAUAUAUAUGAGUGUACUGAGCCACCACCGAGUGCCAUCUUACAUUCUAGUAUUUAAUAUAUUUAUCAUAAAUCUAGUUUGUUUGCAAUGAAAAUUACCACGAGUAAGAAAAAAAAAUUUAAUAACCAAUUAUUGAUAAUAAUUAUAUUUGUUAUUAUUAUUAAUCACUAAUUUGUUUUCGUAUUAAUUAAUGACUAUUAAUACACACGAUUUUUUGUUAACGUGAAUGUAGACCGCACGAAAAUGUGUAAAUAUAUAUAAAUAAUGAAAUAAAUUAUUUGCAAUUAGCAAAUUGUUAAAAUAUUUAUUUAAUCAACAUAUUAAAAUUACAUAUUUAAUAUAUGAAACUUUUAUUAUUUAACAAAGAAACAGUUGUAUUAAAUGAUAAUGAGGUAAUAAAAAUAAUAAUAAUUAUAGUUUACAGUUUAUCUUUAGCAGCAUGAACGAUAGGGAAUUUAUCGCCAGCGCAAAUGCCUCGGAAAUCAUCUGUGGAAAGAUCCCAAAUGGCUACACCACCGAGACCCUUGGCUUUGGAAUAACUAGCUUUGUUUCCCGCAGUGUCGCGGUCUUCGUACCCGACCCAUACUCCGUCAACCCCCGUCUCAGGAUUGUAAGAUUGAUACGCGUAGCUGCCGUAUUUUUUUGAUGGAUCACCGACGCGUCUUAAUCUACCGACAUGGCUUUCUGUCAGACGUGUGCACACUUCUCCGUAGGCCAAAAUACCUGGAGUCGCUGUGUGUGGUCCCUC